GAGAGGCUAGUCCGAGCCACUCUGCUAAGAGAAGAGCUUCGGCAGAUUGCCAGACAGUGCUCGACUGCCAGCUCAAUCUCCUCAGAAUUUCCUCCGGGUUUCCAUUCAUUUUUCCUCAACUUCUCCAAAAUCAGCAAAUCAUUCGAGUAUGAGCAGAUUCAAAACGCCACUGAUAGUUUCGCUGAUAAACACCUAAUCAAGUGCGGUCGCUCAGGAGAUCUCUUUCGAGGAAAAUUGGAUUCUUCAACCAGUGUCGUCAUCAAAAGAAUUGAUUUGCUGUUAGUCAGUCCAUAUGAAUACAUUUCAGAAUUGGAAUUUUAUAGCAAGGUCGCUCAUUCAGGAUUUGUACGUCUUUUGGGACAUUGCUUUGAAGACGAGGAUAUCAAAUUUCUAGUUUACGAGUAUGUGCCCAAUGGAGACUUGUCCAGUUUCUCUUUUACGAAGCCUAAUGGCAAUAUCGGUUUAAAAUUGUGGAGUUGGAGAACUAGAAUGCAAAUCGCAAUUGGGACUGCAAAGAGUUUAGUAUAUCUACAUCAUGAGUGUAAUCCACCUCUUGUUCACGGAGAUGUUCAAGCCAGCAGCAUACUUCUUGAUGAUAAUUAUGAUGUGAAAUUAGGGAGCCUAAGUCGAGCCUGCAAUGAAGAAAACACUCUCCUAGACAGGAUUACCAGGUGAUUGAUUGCAACUGCUUUAACACAAUAUUUUAAUUCAGUUUCAGAUGUACCAGUGUCUGCUAUGAGCACUCUCGAAGAGCUGACAGAACUUUUCUUUGUGAUUAAUUUAGAUUUCCUUCCUAUUAUGCUGCAGCACUUAUAUUAC